CCGCCUUCGUUUAUAUAAAAGAGAACUUGCGAUACGUUGCACCAGCAUUAGUCAUUACUGAUCAUUUAGACUUGGACAUUAUCGCGUUGCACAGUCCACAGGACGUGUAGCGUUUGACAGCGUCGGACAACAACAGAAGCGCGCGUGCUUUUGAGUGAUUAAGUUGUGUGUGUGCGGGAAAUAUUAUUUUAUGUGUACGUUCUAAUAUUAUUAAUUGUUGUACGAAAUUAAUACUGAAUAAUGGAAGUGCCUGUGAGGGAAAGUUUUCUGUGGCGCAUACUCCCUGCCCGCUACAUAUUAUCAGUUCUGGGCUCCAUAGGCUUUGCAAUAGUCUAUGGGCUGAAGGUGAACCUAUCCGUCGCUAUGGUGGGAAUGCUGAACCAUACUGCACUCAAAAAGGCCCAGGCAGGUGCUGGAACACCCGGUGCUGCAGGACCCGAGGAGUGUACGGCUCCUGGUGGCGCUAGUAACGCUACUGAACAAGAUGGACCCUUCACAUGGUCGUCAGAGGUCCAGGGCAUCGUCCUCAGUUGUUAUUUCUGGGGAUACUUAGUCUCACAAUUACCUGCUGCCCGGAUCGCAGAGCUGUACUCAGCUAAAUGGGUGAUGUUCUUCAGCGUGUUCAUCAAUGUUGUGUGCACUCUGCUCACCCCCGUAAUGUGCAACCUGCACUACAUUGGCGUCGUGCUCAUGCGCAUCGGAGAGGGAAUUGGAGGGGGUGUAACAUUUCCCGCAAUGCACACGAUGCUGUCGAAAUGGGCGCCCCCUUCAGAGCGGAGUUUCAUGGCCGCGCUUACUUACGCCGGGACCUCGUUGGGCACCGUCAUUUCUAUGCUGAUGGCUGGAGUCCUAACUGUUCACUUUGGUUGGGAGAGUGUUUUCUACGUGAUGGGUGGUUUGUCUUUGAUCUGGUGUGUGCUAUGGGUGGUGAUGGUGCAGGACACUCCUCAGCAGCAGAGGUUCAUGAAUAAUGCCGAGAGGACCAUGAUCCUCCAGGCUUUGGGCAACCAAGAGAAUCAGGGACCGAAGCCCAAGAUUCCGAUGCCAUGGGGGAAAGUGUUCAAGUCACCACCAUUCCUUUCGAUCCUGGUUGCGCACACCUGUUCCAACUUCGGCUGGUACAUGGUACUCAUCGAGCUGCCCUUCUACAUGAAGCAAGUCCUCAAAUUCAAUAUGACUGAGAAUGCGUUAGCAGUGUCUAUGCCGUUCCUCUCUCUCUGGUUCUUCAGCAUGACCCUGAGUAGGACCCUGGACUGGUUGCGCGAGAAGAAAUACAUUACCACAUCCACGGCGAGAAAGAUUGCCACCGGGUUUGCAUCUCUAGUGCCAGCAAUAUGUCUCCUGGCUAUCUGCUACAUCGGUUGCAACCGCAGCGCGGCCGUGAUCAUCAUGGCGACAGCCGUCACCUCCAUCGGCGGCAUGUUCUGUGGCUUCCUGUCAAACCACAUCGAUAUCGCGCCUAACUUUGCUGGCACACUGAUGGCUCUGACCAACACCGUGGCCACUAUCCCUGGCAUCGUGGUGCCCAUCUUCGUGGGCUACGUCACACAUGGCGAUCAAACAAUAACAGCAUGGCGCAAAAUAUUCUUCACUACAAUAGGGUUGUACGCAGUUGAAUUAGUCACGUACACAGUAUUCGGUUCUGGUGAGGAGCAACCCUGGAAUAAAGUGGAAACCGGAGCUCAAGAAACUGAGACAAAACCCUUAAGGAAAUGAA